GACAUGGACGAGAUGCGGAAGCUGAACAAGAGGUCCCCGACACCACCUCGCGCCCGACCAAGACCGCGCCCAGUCAAGCGACCGGUCGUCACAUCUGAACCCAGUUCGACCUCUCUGCCUGAUGUCGUGAAGCCUCGCGGCCGUGCUCGGUCCCCGCCAUCGGUGGCUAAAUUUUCCUCCUCUAGACGGGCGUUAGCCGCACUCGAUGAAGUCAAGACGCGGUCUGAAGACGAAACUCCCAAGCCAUCGAAGAGGACGAAGGAAAAGACAACUUCAGACCCAUUCGCAAGUCUCAACCUUGCCCCGCCGGGGCGCAUUUCUCCUGCGAAUCCCCGGAAAUCCAAUUUUCAGGAAUUUCCUCCUCUCUCGCCAGUCGGAAAGCAUGCCGGAACACGGCGAAAAGAUCCCUUCGCCAACCUAUCUCCUAUUCACAAUGCCGGGGAGCGAGGACGAGAGAACACGAAGGGACCGUCACUGCCAUCUCCUCUUCAGAUCCAUUUUCGUCAAGGGUCAUCUAAGCGACUUAAUCCACCCAGUGAUGACGAGAACGAGUAUAUGUCCUGUACCGACGAUCAUGCUCCGAAAAUCCGGUUUAACGCUGUACCCUUUCCUAUGGCAACGCAAGACCUCAGGUCGAUGGGAUCGCUCAGGAGUAUCGUUGAGAAUGAGUCCCAGGAAGCCUCGAAUAACGCAGGCGUCAGUGACGACGACGAAUUUCACGAGGCUGAUCUCUCAAUACGUCGCAUCUUUCUGGAUCCCACCGUCGAUCCCAGCACGUUGUGUCCUUAUUGCGACGGACCUCUUCCGACCAACCCCACAUCGCAGCUCAUAUCAUUAUUGGAUGCAGCAGCCAGGCGUUCUCACCCAGACCCACGGCCAACCAACCCGCUGGGGCGUAAGGCCCCUGUCUCCAGCUACAUCGCCGCGUGCCAAAGACACAAGUUCGAGAGUCUGUGGCUUCCUACGGCACAGAGGAAGGGUUGGCCGACCCAGAUAGACUUCAAGGAUGCGGCGCGGCGUAUCAGACUGUUCAAAGAUGCAUUCCAGAGAUUGCUGGACGACUCCGAAAACGAGGAAAACAGCUGUCGCUCUCGAUGCAUUUUUUGGCGGGAAGCCGUGGACGAGAUUCGGAAGAAAGGAUCGCGAGCCGCCGCCGGCGUUGGCGGACAACUAGGCAACUUUGAGAAGACACAGCCUGGAUAUUACGGCGAGCAAGGAUUCUUGGUCAUUCACCAAACGCUCUAUGAUCUUUUCCCACCGAACUCUAUCCCUCCUGACUCGGUCUCUCCUCUCGCCCCCUCCGAAUUCAUCGGAAAGGUUCUAGUCCCGGAAGCGGCGGUGUCCUUAAUUUCGGAAGAUUUAGGGCUCAACUACGAUGAAGCCGUAACAACAUUGCGCGAAAGCGCCCGUUAUGGCGUAGCCAUGUUCCCGGACACCACUCAUAAUGCUGGUGACGACAUCGUCAAGCAACGUGCGAAGACGAGGAAGAAGGAGCUCGUUGCUGAGUUGGGUGCCGCCGAGGCGGACAUGGAAGCGCUAGACGCUCCUGACAGCGGAAAUACGGAUACUGGAACGACUAGGAAGAGACAGACCCUGACAGAAAGCAGCGACGCGGGGGCGUCGGAUGCUCGGGGAAAGAGAAAGGUCAAGCGAGAGGAGAAGACCGACGUCGUCGAUCCUCCAGAUGCUGCAUCGGUGCCUGAUGUAUCAACCGCUAGGCGUCGCAAACCAGAAUGGCGCAAGAAACGGGGCUCUGACCACGACAUUGACUUGAGUUCAUCCUGCGAACGCAAAUCGGGCUCCGAGCGAGCGAGUUCUCGUCCAAUGACGGAGGCUAAGCGACGAUCGCCGUCAUUGAGGAUCACGAGGUCAUCGACGAAAGCCUCUGGUCAACCUGUAACGGCGGACCAUUCCCCAUCCGAUUCUGACUCGGACAGAGAGCUACUAGCUAAGCGGAUUCCCCCGCUUGUCGCUGCAAGGAUGAGGUUCAAAGACCCGCCACCUGCCUCGCUGAGCGGCGAUGCUCAGGAAACACCCAGACCCAGUCGACGAGUUGCAGUUUUGAAUGAUGCGCACAGCGCUGGCGACGACCAUCAAGAACCUUUGCUGUCAAGAACCUCCGCUUCGAGUGUACGAAGCCCGGUGAGGACCAGGCGAUCGACGAGGAAUCAGAAAUCCGCCGAGGACGAGUGGAGCCGGAACCUGCGGGACGGUUAUGCUUCCUCCUCCUCGUCGACGUCCACGACAGAAGCCUCGCGACGAAAGCGGAAGCCCCAUGCGAACUCGUGGUUGCUCAGCGACGAGUCUUAUUCUACUGGCAGGUCCUCUCCCGAGGUCUGA